AUGAUGAUGCUUGACGAUAUGGGGUUUGGUGGUGAUUUUGAUUUCUUUUCCUCUGCUCCUAUCAAGGAAGUCGAUGUUUGUGUUUCUCAGACGACCGAGCCAGAGCCGGUUGUGGAGGAUGAUUAUACUGAUGAUGAGAUCGAUGUGGAUGAACUUGAGAGGAGGAUGUGGAGGGAUAAGAUGCGACUCAAAAGACUGAAAGAAAUGAGCAAGGGUAAGGAAGGCGAUGAUGCUGCUAAACAACGGCAAUCUCAAGAGCAGGCAAGGAGAAAGAAGAUGUCAAGGGCUCAAGACGGGAUCUUGAAAUACAUGUUGAAAAUGAUGGAAGUAUGCAAAGCUCAAGGUUUUGUUUAUGGAAUCAUUCCAGAGAAAGGUAAGCCAGUGAGUGGGGCAUCUGACAACCUGAGGGAGUGGUGGAAGGAUAAGGUGAGAUUUGAUCGUAAUGGACCGGCUGCCAUAGCGAAAUACCAAGCAGAUAAUUCAAUCCCGGGAAAGAAUGAGGGGUGUAAUCCAGUUGGUCCUACCCCCCACACCCUGCUGGAGCUCCAAGAUACCACCCUUGGUUCACUGUUGUCAGCCCUGAUGCAGCACUGUGAUCCUCCUCAGAGACGGUUUCCUUUAGAGAAAGGUAUUUCGCCUCCGUGGUGGCCCACUGGGAAUGAGGAAUGGUGGCAUCAGUUAGCUCUGCCAAAGAAUCAAGGUCCCCCACCUUAUAAGAAGCCUCAUGAUCUGAAAAAGGCGUGGAAGGUGGGAGUUCUAACGGCAGUGAUCAAGCACAUGUCUCCUGAUAUUGCCAAGAUUCGCAAGCUCGUUAGGCAGUCAAAGUGCUUGCAGGACAAGAUGACAGCAAAGGAGAGUGCAACUUGGCUCACUAUCAUCAACCAGGAGGAAAACUUAGCUCGAGAACUUUAUCCUGAUCUCUGUCCAUUGUUGACCUCGUCAGGUGGGAGCGGAACCUUUGCCAUGAAUGAUACCAGUGAAUAUGAUGUUGAAGGGGCCGAUUAUGAGUCUAACUUUGAUAUCCAAGAGCAAAAGCCAAACCCAAACCACCUUGGUUUGUUCAAUAUUGGGACGGAGGGAUUCAAUGAUAGACUUCCAGUUCAACAACAAUCUCAUACAAUUAAGGAUGAAUUCAUAACUGAUUUGGCCUUCACCCGGAAGAGGAAGUCUGGCAAUGAACUCCUGAUGGAUCACAAAAUAUAUACGUGUGAGUUCCUUCAAUGUCCUCAUAGUGAAAUCUGCCUCGGUUUUCAGGACAGAAAUUCCCGGGACAAUCAUCAACUCUCUUGUCCUUAUAGACAUUCUUCCGAAUUUGCGGUUUCAAACUUCAGCAUUGAUGAUAUCAAGCCAGUCAUGUUUCCUCAAUCUUUUGUCGAGCCGAGUCCAACGACUUUGCCUGGAAAUUCAGUUCCACCUUCUUUUGAUCUAACAGGACUUGGAGUUCCAGAAGAUGGGAAAAGGAUGAUCAAUGAACUCGUGUCUUUUUAUGAUAAUAAUGUACAAGGUAACAAGAACUCAAAUACUGGGAACGCCGGAGUCAUCAAAGAUCAACCUCCUCAGCUACCCAGUAUUCAAUGUCAAAUUGAUGGGUACUUUUCGAGUCAAGGUCCUCAAGGAAUACUUUCGGAGGGUAGUGUUUUUCAGAACACAAAUAUGCCCCCUAAUCAGUCUAUGCAUCGUCCGGCAGCAGAUCGGUUUGACCAGUUCGAGGUUAUGAAUUCUCCUUUGAACUCCACGCAAUUAAUGUUUGGUUCUCCGUUCAAUAUUCAUUCCACGAAUUACAGCGAAACAUUUCCUGGAGUUGCUAUGGAUAACCUGCCGAAGCAGGAUGCUAAAAUUUGUGUACUAGUUGUAGAUGUCGAAUGGCUUGGCCUUGGGCAUGGUUGCAAUAAGCAAGUGGGAUUAUGCCCCCUUGCCCCUGGACCUUGUGAUGAAAUGGAUAGACUUAUAUAA